AGUAAAUAGUAGAACAAGGUGGGUGUUUGAAGUGAAAGACAUCACAAUGAGAUUUGAACGUUUCGUCUAAAACUAAGACGACUAAGAGCCUUCCUCAGCAGACGGGACAGAUGAAAAUAGGACGAGAAAUAUAAUUGGAUGUUGUAGUCUAAGUUGUAGUUAGUUAUCAGUAGUAGUAGUAGGAACAGCAGUAGUAGCAGCAUCAUUUGACAUUUGUCAGUGUCAGUUUUGAGCUUUGUAAACUGUUUAUUUCCUAUUUUUAAAACAAUACAUUUAUUGUUGUCAAUGUCAGUUAUUAGUUUUACAUUUAAUUUGUGAAGCACAAAAUUUGAGAUUCAAAUUUUAAAUAUAAUUUAUUUAGGUGUACUGAGUUAUUUGUAUUUUUUUUUUGUUUAUGUAUUAUUAUUUACAUUUAGUUAAGCUUGUAAAAAAAAAAAAAAAGUUUAAAGAAACUGCAACCUGCCGCCGGUACAAAGUUUACUAAUCAGAAACUCCGGAACUUCCAUAAUAUUUUUGUCCAAGAAAAAUUAUUUGUAUAAAAAAAUUAUAGGCUAGGGUUAGGGCAAUUACAGUGUUACGUCUCACUCAGAUAGCCACACUCCACUUAGACUUAGAUCUUAUACUAAUUUAAAUAAUAUUUCUUUAGUAAAUAUUCUUUAAAUCACUACUGACUACUGAGAGCAAGGUUUUGCAUGUUCUCUGGUCUUGCCAAAGCCAUUUUUUCUUGCAAAGGCUUAAACUUUCAUGCUAUAAACUAUAAUCCAUAGAUUCCCUCUACCGGUAAUCAUCGUUGUGCACUAUAUUCACUCCCACAAAAUACUUGAUUUCCUUGUCCUACCCUAGCGUUCUUCAUCAGACACUUGAAAAAUUAAUAUUGUCAUUUACAAUUCAGUUUGGUGUAUUUAUAAAAAUAUCAUGUUGCCUUGGCCUGCUGCAACUAUGUUGAAUGCAUCUCCCCAGAAUUGCAGAUUACCUUAUAUAUAAUAUAUUUAGUAAUUCUAUGCCAAGGACAAACUUUAUAUUAAUUAAAAAUGCAAGAACAUUUAGUAAUUUAUUUUAGACAGUAGUGGAACAAGAUAUAUUUAGGCUAGAAAUAAAAAUUCAAUUAACUUAUUCCAGCCUUAGAAAUUUAGUAUUUUUUAACUUUUAAUUUUUUUCUAUAAUGAAAAGUAUCUGAAACCUCUCCAUGCCUUACAACACUGUGAAUUCAACAAUUUAUCCUACCACCCUCUACUUGCUUUAAAUUGAAAGUCUUCAGCUUCGGAACCUGUACUCAGUGUUUUGCCAAAACUUUUGGCCUACAAAUCACGUUGCAACUGCGUAUUCUUUUCACAAAAUAUUUUCUCUCUAACAUUGUCUACAGACUACAACCUACUGCUUUCAUUUAUCCAAACUAACAACGGGUUUUCUUAUUUUCUCGAUCACUUUAGACCUUUGCUUUGUUAACGCAGUCACCCCUUUAGCCACAUCAGCCGCAUUUAUUGCCUAUUUCUUCUUUAGAAUAGUACAAAUCCUGGAUUUCAACAUAUUGUUUGCUUGGCAAUGUUUGAAGCACGAAGGCCAUAAUUAUGUUAUAAUUUAUAUACAUUUAUUUCUUUAGUUCCACACUAACACAAUUCAUAUUAAUAACUCUUUUCUAUUUAAUUGCCAUUAUCAGGUAAUAUAACACAAAAAGUGCAAAAGUAACAAAAUGUAGUGUCUUUUUAUCACAGCACUACUGAGCCUGUGGUAUUUUGUGUACAGAAGUAUGCAUAUGUUUGUAACCUGAAUUAUUGUUAGUUAAGCGAGACAAAAAUUGCUCACUUAUCUUGUUAUUUGAGGUUCGACUGUACAAAUACAGUACGGAAGAGCUGAAAAGUAACAGGUGGCCAAUUGCUGCAGACAAUUUUUACCAUUUUGGAAUUAGUCUAAUACAUAUUUGUUUGUAAUCAUUUUCAUUAGAAGGCAAUCACAUAGAGAUAUGAAUUUGAGUUGAUUUGAAAAAAAUCAAUAAACUUAUCUUCUUCAACUGUUCAGUAGAAAAGUCAGUUUUCAACAAAGCACUAAUUUUUUAAAAAAAAUGUUUGCAUUGAAAAUGGAACUGCUUAAAUCUAGCAGAUCCUUCCCAAACUGAAGUGAAAAGUUUGGAAUUGCAACCCCAUCAGAUUAAAAUUACUAAAAAAUCUACUACUUUUUUUUUUAUCAAGUGUUUAGCACAAAAAAUAUUUAUAUUUUCAUCAUUGUUUCAUUCUUAACUUCCACUGUAAAUAAUGUAUGACAUUUUACCUUCUUCAGAAUUUUAAAUCCAUGAAUAUUCCUUACCAAGUUGUGAAAGGGAGAAUGCUAUAAAAAAAGAUAUAUUCUUUAUAGAAAAUAACAAGAUGGGUGAUUUGGAAACAGAAAGUAUCAUUAAAUCAGAUUCUGAUGCAGUAAUUUUUGAUGAUAUUGUCAAUGUUGCCGGAAAGGAUACUCAAAUGGUGUUGAUCGCAAAUGGGAUUAAACUGAUUAAUCUCAAAGACAAAAUAAGUAAAAAGGAGGAAGCAAAUAUAGGUACAACUAUUACAUAGCUCAAUCUUGUCAGUCUCUUAUAUUAAUACAAAUUUUGUAACUAGUUUUCAUAACUGAUAUUAUAAAGAUCAACUUUGUUUAUGAAAGUUAAAAUUGUAUUAUUUUACAUUUACAAAUAAGUGAGUUCAAAAUAUUAAAGCUAAGGAAUAAUGAUGUUUCCCUUCUCUAUUCCAGGUCGAUUUCUAGAGUGGAGAGAUGUGAUAAGUGCAUCAAAAGAUCCCAAAAGUACAGGAAAGAAAACCCUCUGGAUCCUGAAUUAUAUUCACCAUGGCUCUAAAUCUAUCUUACAUCACAGAUGUUUGAAAGUUCAUGAUAAUAAUGGAAACUCUGAUAGACUGAUUACUGCUAUUCAAGAGCAAUGUUCAAAAGGUGAAUUAAUUUUUAAAAAUUUUUUAGAAAGCUUACUUUAUAAUACUAAAAGGAAAAACUUUAAUAUUUUUUAAGGGCUUUCUUUAAAAGAUAAAUUAUCUAAUAAAUAAAAGGAGACAAAUUUUUAAUCUUGCUUUGGUGACGCGUUUUAAAACAUGAUAUGUUUUCUUUAAUUUUCUACAACACUUGCUUUUUUUUCUUCUCUAAACCAGUGGUUGGCCGUCCCAAGAAAUUAUUUGUUUUGAUUAAUCCAAUUGGUGGUGCUGGUAGAGGGAGACACAUUUAUCAGAAAGCUGCAGAGUCAUUAUUUAAGCUUGCGUCAGUGGAAACCCAUGUUGUUGGUAUGUUUUUUUUAUUUUGCUUUAUGUCUUUCAAAAUGGCCAACACUUUUAUCAUGCCCAAAUUUUUUAUAUAUAAAAUAUAUAAACUUAUGAACUGUUUGAAGAAAGUGUUGGUCAAAAACAAUUUUGUGAACUCAUGCAGUUCUCAAUUCUAUUUUUGUCAGUGACAGAAAAAUCUAAACAUGCGCUGGAAAUUGGAGAAACUCAUGAUUUUUCUCAUUAUGAUGGGUAAACUAUUUUUACUGUACACUUACCAUAUUGUAACAUAUAAAGAAUCUUACAUUUAGUCCUGGAUGACAUUUUAUACAUCCCCUAAUUUUUAAUAUUUGAUUUAUUUGUAAUAUUUUCUUAUUUUUGGUGAACAAAUUUUUCAGUACAUUUUCUUUUCUUUAAAUAUCUAAACUACAGCAUUGUCAUAGUUGGUGGAGAUGGACUGUACCAGGAAUUUCUCCAGGGUCUCACAAUACAGACACAAAAGAAAUCUGGAAUCAAUUAUGAUGAUCCAAAUGCAGAACUCUCAAAACUCAAUAUACCCAUUGGAAUAAUACCUGCUGGUACAAAAAAGUAAAAUAUUGCUAACCUGCCAAUAGUUUCCCAACUAUCCAUUGAUGCAUUUUUGUGUUCAAAUAAUGAUUACAAUUUUAUAUAAUUCUAUCAGGAACAGAAAAUUAAUAAUGUAUUAAUUAUAUGUUUUUGGACAAAAAUGUGUUAUAGAAUUGAUUAUUAGUUUUGAGGGAUGGUGUGCAUUUCUUUUAUCAAGUAGGCAAAUAUACUAGGUUAAAUAACUAUAUGAAGACAAAUUUCCAUUUUACCAAGAUUUUAAAAAAAAACAUGGCCAGUAAUAAUUAAUUAUUUAUAAAAAUUAUCUGAAGCAUUUGUGAGAUUUUAUUUACAAUGAUGAAUAAACUAUAUUAAUAAAAUGUAUGUGUCUCUAACUUUUCUAAAUUACAUAGGAACAGGGAAUGGUGCCACAGGUUUAGUCAAUGGAGUUAACCAUGCUGAGACAGCAGUACUUAACAUUAUAAGAGGUAAAUUCCAUUAUAAGAGGUAAAAUCCAUUCAUCCAUUUAAAAUUUGUUAUUUAUUGUAAAUUUGACUGAUCCAAUAAAUUUUAAUGAAUAAUUAUAAAUUAAAUUUUUCUAUUUUUUUGGUCAAUUUUUCAACCAAUUUAAAUUGAUUUUAUUAAAAAAAUAUUUUUCUCAUUUUUUUUUUCUUUUGACAAUUAUUUACAUACAUAGAUAUUUAUUUGCAUUAUACCCUUGUAGUUUUUAUAACAUCUGCUAAAUAUAUUUAGGUGAACAGCACAGAGGUCAGAUUUUUAUUGUACACAGUGGCUCUGAAUUUUUGUGCGUUUCUGCUUUAAUAUUUUCCUAUGGGAUGUUCUCUGACAUGAUCAAAAGAACAGAAGAGUUGAGAUGGAUGAAACGAGCCAGAUAUCCAUGUAAACAAUUUAUAAAUUAGCAUUUAAUUUGAUCAAAUACCAUUAAAUAAAUAUAUUGUGAUGCAUAAUUUUUUUUAGAUAUUAGAGUUCUUUGGCUCCUUAGCCUUGUCAUACAAGAUUGUACCAGUAUAAUUUUCUAAUAAUAGAAACAUUUUAUUGAAAAGGAUCUUUUAAAAAAAAUUCAAGUAACUGUUAAAUGUUAUCCAAUUAAAUAGCUCAUUUGAUACUUACUGAGCUAAUCAUGUUUACAAUUACAGAUGCUCUCAUUGGUAUGCUUUUUAAAAAGAGGAGGCUCUUUCAAGCUGAACUUCAGUAUCGCUUAAAGUUAGAGGAUGAAGAUGCCAGGUAUUUUUACAUUUUUUAGUUUUCUUUUUUGUUAUUAUAAGACCAAUUAGAUGUCACAUCUAACAUAGAUGUAGAUCUAGAUUUUGUUUGAAUCACCUUUUGGCUAAUGUUUUUAAUGUCAUAUUUUAGCAAAAUGUAGUAGGUUUUUAAUAAUUUUAAUCUGAUAGGUUAGCAAUUCCAAUAUUUUUCUGUCUGUUUAUUUUUUUUAUUUAGGGAAAGGAAUGGGCAAGGUGAGCAGCAAAAAUCAGGUAAAAUUAAAACUGAAUUUUGAAAAAGUGAUGCUAUAGUGUGAUAAGAGUAAUCUAGUCAAUGUGACGUGACGUACGUUGUCUAGGGGUCGGUCCCCUCUGUACUAGCCACAGAACAAUUUUACAAGGGUCUAGAACCCCUUUAUUUCCAGCUCCUACAGAGCUGACUCUUGCUCCAAGUAUCAACAAACAAUUCAGGGUUUCAGGUUUUCUUAUUUAUUGGCUAUGUGUGCCUAUAUGCCACUACACAAAACAGUUAAAGUUACACAAGUCCUCUUCCAUCCGUAGAAAAAACUCACUGCCUUUUCAAGACAAAAAAUCAUACACCCUAUCCACAGCACUCGCCACUGUUCACUCCCUCAAAACUCUACUCACACGUGGUUCCUCCCGACACAGCCCACCGGUCAUACCUUGACCGAGAAAAAUAAAAACUCGUGGGGCACACGGGGAAAAUAAACUCACCCACGAUUGGUCAAAUUAACAUUAUAGAAGUUGACACAGAAAACUCACGCGAUCUGAACGUGACACGCCCCCCCUCACGAGUGACGUUUGGUGAAACCCAAUGUUGCGAGUUUACAAAACAGCGGUCAGUUCGCGUGCAUAUUCUUGUAAACUGACAUCAAUAUUUAUAGCAUAAAACAUAUGGUUAUUUUAGUAAUUUUUCUCAUGAAAGGUCUAUCUUAAAACAAUGCGCUAUCAAUCAUACUUUGAAAGUCACUACUAUUGUUAUGGCAAUGCAUUGUAGAAUUAAGACAUCUCUAAUGAAACAUACAUGGUAAUAGAUAAAAUAAUUACUAUUCUUUAUCAUCUCAAUAUUUUCCUACAAUGAAAUUGAGCAUUUAUUUUAAUACAUUGUAACAAAUAUUUAAAUGUUUACAUCACAUGAUUUUGAAAAAUCUUAAUUCAAAAAUGAAAAAGUGAAGAAAAACAAAUGUCAACAUCUGAGCAUGUGUGGACAGCCAUGAAUUGUCCCUUCAAUGUUUACAUACAAGACGGUGGAAUGUUUCGCUUAUCCCCUUGUCUUAAAAAAUCAUGGAGGUUAUUUGAUCCGCCCAACUCACCCCUCUCUCUUCUCGGGUUUGACCUGCACGGUCUAGUAGGCACGAAUUCACCCAACAAGUCCCUUACACCCCAAGACCGUUUGGCUUGCCCCCAAGCUGUCCCUCCUCCUUUGUAACAAAUACCAUCAUUGUUGAAAAGCAAAACACGUGUUACAUUGUUAGACGUGUCAAAUUUAUUCAACUCAAUUUUCCCAUCGCCUCUAGAUGGAAACACUUCACAGUCUCUGUCAACUGUGACAUGUUCAAAAAUAACUGAGUUAAACUCAGGAGCAGUCAAAAAAUGCGAUCUCCCCUCCUCCUCAAAACAUAACAACACACAUGAGCUUGACUCAGGAGUGUCGGUGAACUCUGUCGCAGGUUCAACCUGGCGACAUCUAGUGGUCACCGCUCUGGUCAAGGUUACGGUCUCUACUUCGUGGUUACCCCAGCUUGUCCCCCAUAUAAUCAUGACCCCUUGCUUGCAUGGAAGCGGAAGGUGGUUCAUGCCUGUGAUCAUGACCCCUUGCUUGCGUGGAAGCGGAAGGUGGUUCAUGCUCGUGAUCAUGACCCCUUGCUUGCGUGGAAGCGGAAGGUGGUUCAUGUCUUCAACACCCGUGGGUGUGUUAUCAAAAGCCAUGAGUGUGCCAUCAAAAGCCAUAAGUGUGCCAUCAAAAGCCUCCGGCACCCUACAAACCUCAGUCACUCUCUUAACAUCAAUAAGUAAAGUAUCCGUAACACUAUGUUCAUAAACAAUAUUCUUAUCACAAACAACUUCUCUGGGUUCAUAAUCAAUAUUACCAUCAAACAAACUACAAACCUCAGUCACUCUAUCAACAUCAAUAUGUGAAACAUCAGCAAUACUAGGCUCACAAUAAAAAAUAUCAUUAAAAUCAUCUACUUUGGGUUCAUAAGCCAUAAAACAAUCAAAACCAUCACUAGAGGAAUCAACAACACUAUGUUCAUUAUCAAUAUUUUUAUCAAAAUUUCCAUCUGAACCAUCUACACUGGGUUCAUAAUUAAUAUCCCAAUCAAAACAAUCAUCCAAAGCAUCAACAACGCUGUGCUCAUAAUCAAUAUUAUUAUCAAAGUCCCCAAAUGAAACAUUAAUACCACUAGGUUCACUACUGGUGCAAGGGCGAUAGCCAUUCUGCACAUCAUCACAUUCGUCCUGUUUAUCCACAUUAUCCAACUUAUUUUCUCUUGUUUUGGUGUCUUCAAAAUAUUCAUCAACUAUACCAAACUGAAAAAAUUCCGAUUCAUCAUUUUUCCUAGUAUUGAUACUGCCCCUUUCUACAUUUGGAUUUUUAGUUUCUGACAGCCUUACCCAAGAUUUGUUCUCUCGACACCAUCUAAGCUCAUUCCCACUAACUUCUACCUUAGUAUAUUUCCUCGCUCUAUAUUUCCCAUAACUAUUUCUAAAGGCCCCCUCCCGCUUGAUUUCUUUAAAAGCUUUCUCAUCAACUUUACUUUGAGUAAUGCUUGGACCCUCGUCCAAACAAUUCGACGUUAUGUCAGGAUCUUUAGUCACGUGACUAUGUUCUUCAUUAGUAAUUUUAUAUUCCUUAAAGGUGUUUAGGUCAAAAGGUAUGUUAGAACUUAAUUGCUGAUAAAUUUUUCUCACCACAGAUUCUGGUGGCCUAUAAGCAUAUAUCCAUCUGACACAUUCUUCUCUGAUUUCCCACAUAGAUUUCUCUUUCUGGCGUAUGUCUACUCCCACUUUCAAACUGUCUUGUCCCUGUUGAUCCACAAUCGGUUUUACACUUAAGGCCAUGUCUCCGUGUAUAUUGCCCUCAUUUUCCUUAUCAUCCAGAGAAAAUUGUCCCCUUUCAGUUCCAGUUAGUGUACAAGCACUAUACCCAGACAUUUUUCUCUCAUGUUCUUUGAUUCUUUCUUUUUCUUCUCGCUCAUAUGCGCGAAUUUCUUCUUCUUCUGCGCGAAUUAUUUCUUCUUCUUCGCGAACCUCUUGUUCCCUAUUAGCUACCCAUUCUUUCGCUUCCUCCCCUUCUAAUCCCAAAUCUAUUGCCAUUUGUUUAAUUUCGGCACUAGUAGGUAACGACAUUUUUAUAUCUAAGUCUUAUGUCAAUAUAUAUGUUUACAAAAAAUUUACAAAUAGAAAAUGGAUAAAAUGAAAUGAGUAAUAAAACAAUAGAAAUUGCAAAUGUAAUAACUAAAUAAUUUACUUAAAAUAAUUACUUGUGAUUUCUCUCUUGAUGGGUGGCACUGGGAUUUCGGACGUAUUGAGAAGUAUAAUCCAUGUGUUCAUGUGUAUUCUCGUAGUUAGAUACUGUUGGAAUGUCUGGUGUCUCCAAUAAUCCAAUGUGACAAAAGUUAAGAUUGGUAUAGCUGUCUGGCUAGUUUGCACGGCUUUCCUAUGGACUGGUAUGGCCGUGAUGAUUGUUUUGACGUGCUGGUGUCGCUGGUUGGUCAGGCUCCCUCUGUGAUGAAUGGUAGGCUGGUAGGGUUCUAUGGACGAUAUGAUGUUGCUUUAACGGCCUCCACUGUGGUGGAUGGUCUGCUAUGGUUUGUGGAAAAUUGCGGGCUUAGAUGGCUGCUCCACUGUGGUGGAUGUUUAGGGUUGAUAUGGCUGCAUAGAACGGCCUCCCCUUUGGCUGAUGGUAGGCUUAGAUGGUUGCUUUGAUGUGCCACAACGACGGCGAAUGGCAGGUUUAGAUGGCUACUCCAUUGUGAUGGAUGAUUAUGCUUGAAAUGGCUGCUUCGACAGCCUUCCUUGUGGCUGGUGAUGGGCUGGGANUCCCCUCUGUACUAGCCACAGAACAAUUUUACAAGGGUCUAGAACCCCUUUAUUUCCAGCUCCUACAGAGCUGACUCUUGCUCCAAGUAUCAACAAACAAUUCAGGGUUUCAGGUUUUCUUAUUUAUUGGCUAUGUGUGCCUAUAUGCCACUACACAAAACAGUUCAAGUUACACAAGUCCUCUUCCAUCCGUAGAAAAAACUCACUGCCUUUUCAAGACAAAAAAUCAUACACCCUAUCCACAGCACUCGCCACUGUUCACUCCCUCAAAACUCUACUCACACACGUGGUUCCUCCCGACACAGCCCACCGGUCAUACCUUGACCGAGAAAAAUAAAAACUCGUGGGGCACACGGGGAAAAUAAACUCACCCACGAUUGGUCAAAUUAACAUUAUAGAAGUUGACACAGAAAACUCACGCGAUCUGAACGUGACAGUCAACAAUUUUUAAACAUCUAACAAUGGAACGAAUUAUUCAACAAUUUUUAAACAUUUUAACAAUAGAAUGGGAAAGUUUGAAUUAAUCUAAACAAAAGACAAAACAACCCUUGAAAAUAUAUAUCUUUCAGAAUGGAUAACCCACAAAAAUGAAACCAAGAACUACAACUGCAUUUAUACUGUUCCAUGUGAGCUGGUAGAUGCUGGUGACCACAACAUUCUUGAUCCAUUUGGUAGCCAUGUAAUGCUUGUAGUUGGAUCAGGAUGUAGCCAUGUGGCAAUAUUUAAAAGUUUCAUGGAUCUUUCAUUAGGCAAGAAAAGAAAUGUGAGUUAAAAAUGUGCCAAUCAAUGGUUUAAACACAUCUAGAUUUUAUGUUAAGCAAUUUAAAGGAUUUGGUGAUAACAGUGUUCAUUAUAUUCUUUAAACUGAAGUAACUUGUCUUGUUCUGUGUCAAAGUUUGUUGACUUAAAACAAUAUUUUACAGAUAACUUUUUAAAAAGUAUAAAUAUUCAUUUCUGUUAAAUUUAUUUGCAGUCCACUUCAUCAAAUCUGGAGUUCAUAGACAGGGUCACAGACUUUAGGAUCAAAGUUCUGAGAGAUGAGCAAGGUGGCAGUGAAAGAAUUUCUGGAGCAAGAGCUAGGAAAAUAGCGUUAGAGCAUCUUGUUGACAUAGAUGGUGAAGUAAUUCACCUUAAGUCAUUGGACAUGACUGUCAGGUAAGACAAAUAAAAUAAAUGUGACAAUGUAUGUGUCUAUAAGCUGUCAAAAUGGUUUUCUUAGUUCUUUAUUUCCUGUUUUAAACUGAUUGAAAGGAGUUCAUUUAUUUUAAUUGUAUGCUACUUACUGCCCAAGCUUUUCAAGAAAGAAGAUACAGCACAUAAACUUGUGUUUUUGAUAGAUAUUCUUGUCAUAUAAUCAAAAUCACACACUCCUUUAUCAGGAUUGCACUUCCUUAACAUAUGUGUUUGUCAGUCAAAAAUGGACCAUUUUAAACACCAGAUUGGCGCUGGGGCUGAAUCUGUCUGUGGGCGCACAGAUGGCUGAUCAGGCCUAAUCUUCCAGAGACCGUCUCUACUAAAAGUGUCCAAAGCCUCUGUUAGGUCUACAUAAGUGGAGAAGAAGUCAACAUUCUGUUCCUGACACUUUAUAAUAUGUCCACGCUCUUUAUGAAAACCACAUUGACCUUUUGGCGACAGAACCUUCUCAAGAUGGGAAUUGAGAUAGUUUAAAAGGAUUGUAGCAAGUAUCUUACCUGCAUAGGAGAGCAAAGAUACAAUAAUAAUAAAGUUUAUUUAAAUAUCACGCUUCAUCUCCAAAGGCACGAAGCACACUAAAUCAUAUUGAUGGAUUUACAGACUUUAAUUGAGACAACGCCUUUGUCAGUGACUUUUGAAAGAGAAUACACUCAGUAAGACAGGUACCCCUUCCUUGAUGAAGAUACUGGAAGAAAUAUGCAAUAUCUCAAGCCAUUGCAAAGCUACAAGUGUAGACUCCAUCCCAGCUGAAUUCUACAAAGAAGGGGCUGCAGUUCUGCAUGGCCCCACCAUCUGUUUCUACUAAUGUGGUAGCAAUUGAUGUUCCUGCAGGAUUUCAGAGAUAGCGCUAUAGUUCACUGCGCUCUGGUGUUCUUAAAUCUAAUCCAUCUAUGCAGCUGAUGAGAUCUCGCAGAAGUGAGUGAUGUAGUCCUAUUUCUUUAUCCGCGAUACCCUGGUUGAUUGUUAUGAGUGAAAAGUUUAGGUACUAAACAAUAUCCAACUAUCCAGGAACAACAAAUUUUAAGAGAAACAUUCCAAAAUGAGAAAAUGUGGAGAGAUUUCACUGCCACGGUAGUUGUACUUAGCAUUGAUGGUUCCCUUAACGUUUGUACAAGUGAACACCGGAUGCAUCUUUGAAAUCCUGUGGUUUUGUCUCUUGCUGCCUCAUAAGUAGGAACAAACAUCAGGGUUUCCCCCCUGAGAUGGGAAGGCAAGUUGACGUCUGAACCCAAAGAACAGGGGGACAUACUCAAUCAACAGUUCCAAUCGGUCUUUGGGGAUGGUAGAGAGUACUCAGAAGUUGAGUUCCUUCUGAAGACCAACAUGAUGAGCGCAGCCUACCCCGCCAUGGAAGAUAUCCAGAUUUCAGAGAAGGGUGUGCUGGAACUCCUUAAAACCAUUGAGCCCUACAAGCCAUGUGGUCCUGACAACAUCAAACCACGAGUGCUAAAAGAAUUGGCCAAUGAAAUCGCUCCUGCACUAACAAUCCUCUUCCAAUCGUCGCUAUUCACAGGCAGCGUUCCAACUGACUGGAGAGCAGCGAAUGUCACUCCAAUCUACAAAAAAGGAGAGCAUUACGACCCAGCCAAUUACCGCCCUGUUCCCUCACUAGCGUAGUAUGUAAAUUAUUGGAGCACAUAAUCGUAAGCGCGGUCAUGAAUCACUUGAAAAGACACAAUAUACUCAAUGACUGUCAGCAUGGCUUUCGAGUUAACAGAUCAUGCGAGACCCAACUCCUUGAAUUUGCUGAAGAAUUGACAACCAACUUGGAGAACAGCAAGCAAACUGAUGUGCUUGUGCUGGACUUUUCAAAAGCGUUUGACCGUGUCAACCAUAGCUUGCUAUUACACAAACUGCAGAGAUAUGGGAUCCAAGGCACUACCAAAACAUGGAUCUCUAGCUUCCUCAGCGACCAAUGCCAGGCAGUAGUGGUAGAUGGCAAAACCUCCUCCUUUGUCGGUGUUAAGUCAGGAGUCCCCCAGGGCUCAGUGCUAGGCCCUUGUUUGUUCCUAGCAUAUAUCAAUGAUCUGCCCGAGAAGCUGACCUCUCAAGCAAGACUGUUCGCAGACGACACGGCGGUGUACAGGACAAUCGUCAACAGCUCUGACCAGAGCCAGCUUCAACAAGCCCUCAAUCGGUUAGCUGAGUGGGAAAUGAGCUGGGACAUGGAAUUUCAUCCCAUCAAGUGCCAGACCCUGUCAGUCUCCAGAAGCAGAUCCCCUCUAAACCACUCUUUACAAACUGCAUGGCCAUAUUCUUGAGCCAGUUUCCUCCGUAAAGUAUCUGGGUGUUACCAUUCAAAGAGAGGUCCGCUGGGACGAGCACAUUAACAGUGUGUGCAACCGGGCAAACAAGACCCUGGGGUUCCUAAGACACAAUCUGAAGAUCAGCAACUCGAGCGUGAAAGAAAAAGCCUAUAAAGCCUUUGUCCGGCCUAUUUUAGAGUACGCUUCUACAGUCUGGGACCCAUUUACCCAGAAAAGCAUCGACAGGUUGGAGGCUGUCCAGCGACGGGCAGCACGCUUUGUCAUGAACCGCUACAGAAACACCUCAAGUGUUGGCAGCAUGCUAAUAACACUGGGCUGGUCAACAUUGGAAGAACGACGACGACUAUCCAGGCUCACCAUGUUGUAUAAGAUCAAAAAUGGGCUGGUCCACUGCUCGGGAAUCAAGCAGAAACUCGUUCAUCUUCCCCCUAGACAGCGAUGAGGCCACGACAGACAGUUCCGGCUGGUAAAAACAAGAACAAAAUACAGGAGCUCCUCAUUCCUGCCGAAUACAAUAGGGGACUGGAACAAGCUUCCAAAAGCAACAGUUGAGGCGCCUACACUCGACACAUUUGUGUCUAUUGCCUCCUGUAUUGCAACCCCCAGUUCUUAACACCACUGCUGAGUAGCCCUAGCAACCAGUGAAGUAUCCCCUUGAAACCCAUGAACAGUAACAUCGCGAACCCCUCUGAAACAUAGGAGCCAGAAUGAUCAAUUCAUUGAUCGUGGGCCCUCAAAAUAAAGAAGAAGAAGAAGAAGAGCUGCUGAAGUCUUUCAGUUGGAACUUUGCCACCUUUCUUGUCAAUUUCAGCUGGGAUAUAGACAUCACCUGCAACUUUGCCACUCAAGUUAAGGUAUAUAGCUUGUUGCGUCACAUGGGGGGGGGGGGGGCCCUUCCAUUUUUUUAUUGAUGGGCACCUGCAAGAGUCGAUUUAUGGCUCCGUCAUUGAUGGAUGUAGUUUGAUCAUUUAGGAAAUGAUAAUUUUUUUCUUUCUCAGUAAUCAUAGUUUUCUCUUGAGCACUCAGAAGUGGGGAAUGAUCCUGAUGAAGUGGAGCUGCAAACGUCUUUGAGAGCGGAGUAGAAAUUUCUCAGACCAUGUCUUUCAGCAUAGCCCUGGAUCGCAUCAGCCUUGUCACUCAAUCAUUUAUCCUGCAUAUGAAGUAGCUUUUGCCGCCCCGUUCUUCUUAUGUUGUUGUAUGCCUCUUUUCUGGGAAUUGAAUUCAGGUUGUGCAUAUAGGAGUUGUGAAGACAAGGGUUUUCCUCCAGCAGCUGUUUGAUUACCAUACCGUUUUCAUGGAACCAGUCCUGGUGUUUUUUGGGACUUGGUCCCUGAAACUCCAUAGUGGUGUUAUACAGCAUUGCUCUAAUUGCCCAAUCCAAUUUGACAUUGUGAUUAUCUAGAGAUUUGGAUGUCAGACAUUCUACCAGAGGAUCCCCAAAUGUUUUAUUGAUAGCCUGGGUCUUUAACUUUGUCAUGAUCAGACGUUUGGGAAUCUUCUUCCCCUGUAGUCAUCUUGGGUUGUAAGUGAAGGUUGACCUUGAGAUGAUGAUCUGUCCAGCUGUUGCCACCACAUACAGACUUGGCACAUCCCUGCUGUCUUUUCUCCUGAUGAGAACAUAGUCGAUAAGAUGCCAAUUUAUUUGAGCGAGGGUACAUCCAGGAUGUCUGAUUAUGCGUCGGAAGGCAAAAGACUGUAUUAGUCAUCAGCAUUUGAAUCUCAGCAUAAGUCUUGAGCACAAGGAGACUGUUACUGUUGCAAUGGCCAAAUCUAUGCUUUCCCAGUACACCAUUCUAGGGGAUUUGAUCACGGCCCACUCAAGCAUUCAAAUCACCAAGAAUUAUGAACUUGUCCUGCUUCUGAACAUCAGCUAUGACAGAGUGAAGAUCCUCAUAGAACUUGGUCUUUACAUCAUCUGUGUUGGUCAUUGUUGGAGCAUAGCAGCUGAUGAUGGUGAGUUGUUUUCUUCCAGAUGAGAGAGCAAGUUUCAUUGUCAUUAUCCUCCUGUUGACUCCACUUCCAAGUCCAGACAGCAUGCUAAUCCAUGCAGAUAUGACAGAAAAACCAACACCAGCCUCACAACAGUCUUCACUUCCUCUCCCACUUCAAAAGAAGGAGUUUACCCUUCCAUGCCAGCCAGGUCUCGCUAAGGGCUGCAAUGUCUAUCUUGAACCUGGCUUGUUAAAUUCCUUUAAGGGCUGUUCUCCUCUGCGGUCUAUCCACGUCAUCAUUGUCCUGAAGACUGCCCACAUUCAAGGCACCAAUUUUUAGAGGGAUUGUUAGAAUAUUUGGUUUUGAUUUUUAAAAAUUUUGGCUGUAUAGAUUGGGUCCCCCAUCAACUGCAGUAGGCUGUUUAAGGAAGCAGACAAUAUUUAGGGCACCUUUUCUAGCCCUUUCCUCAUGCCAUGGAGGUGAGCAGUGUGUUCCUAAUGAGGGCUGCUCAGUGACUUAGGGGGCUUCCAGACACCACUACUGCUCCUUUACAAUAAUGAAUGACCCGAUGGCCUUAACCGCCUAUGUGCAGGUUUGUGCUUACCUGUGGCAGUUUACCCGCACCUCCCACUUUGCCACAUACCCGUCGCCAAAUGACUUUGUAGAUAAUGAAAAACUAGGAUGGAUGUAUGUUUAAAAUGACUUGCGCUGUGACUUGGAUUAAAGUGGGGACGAGUUGCAUGAGUUUUCGACCUCACUCUCUCCCCCAACGCCAUCUGUGUCCAGCAGCAAGACAAGGCCCAGAAGGCUGGGGAUGUGAUUGGGUACAGUGAAUGACCUUGGCUUUCUACAUGUCUUGCCAUGCUCUGAACAAUUCACAUCACGUUGCUGCCUUUUGACCAACUAGUGCUUCCUUCGUGCAAUCCACCGGAUACAGUUUUCCCAUGCUGAGGAGGACAACUCCUUUUUACCGAAGAUUUGGUUUUGAUGGCUAGUCGAAGAUUUUUUCUGCGGUGUGGCCGUUGUGCAUUAUACAGCUUUUUGGAGCCACAGGUGGUAAGUGAGCACCAUGUGGAGACCAAAUAUUGAUUUAAGGUUUUGACGGCUUCACAAUCAGACCUACUACCCCUCCAUAAAGUAAUCCUUUCACCAUUAUUAGGAUAGCACUGCCUUACAGUGCUUAUCUGGAUGUACCUCUUUUAAUAAGUGUAAGAUGAAUUAUCUGGCUCACACAACUUGUAUUUUGGAGUGUACAUUUAUGUAAUUUCUCUUCUGUUUCCAACAGGAUGCAACCCUCUUUCACCCUACUUUAUGGAAUAAAAAAAAUAAAUUCAUUUGUUCAAGUUUAAAAGAGAUAUUGCAUUCCUGAUUGGAGGUGAGGCAGAAAUCAAGGCUAUGAUCAUAAUUUGAUGCCAUGGACUCUCAUCAUUUUGAAGUGAAUUAUUUUAAAUUAAAUCCAAUUGUGUGGGUUUAAGUUUAUGGGCUUUAUAUGUCUGAGAGAUAUGCACUAGUGGAACAUUUGAAUGGGAUUUAAUAUAAUUAUGCAUUAAGAUAUCUCCCAAUGCAGACAAAUAAAUCCUUGGAGAAACUUUUUUUUUUCUUUAACAUU